AGCAAACAUAACGAGCGAGCGGGCGGAGCAAAUCGAAGGAACUAAACGAUGCUUUUGUUUAUUAUGCGCAGUUGAUAACAUUAUCAGUACAAUACCUACUUAUUGUUAAAUGGAUUUGUUUGUUAUAUGAUAAUUAUUGCCUAAGGUUAAAGAACUCUGUUACUGAAGGUGCAAAGGUUGUUUCGCUUUUUAUACACCGCCGCCAGGAAGCACGUUGAAAAUAAUUUGUUACAAUGUUUAAGGGACUCGUUGGUUUAGUAACUGGGGGCUCGUCUGGUCUUGGCUUGGCUACAGUAGAGCAGCUGAUAAAACAGGGUGGGCGUGUUAUCAUUUGUGAUCUACCGUCCAGCAAUGGGCAACAAACUGCUAAGCAGCUUGGGGAAAAUGCAGCAUUUGUACCAGUUGAUGUAACUUCUGAACAAGAUGUUAAGAAUGCCCUACAAACAACAUUGGAUAAGUUCGGACGGUUAGAUGUGGCUGUCAACUGCGCUGGAGUAGCAACAGCAUCGCGGGUCUACAAUUUUAAAAAAGAACAACCAUUCAGCCUGCAAGAAUUCCAGCGAACAGUUCAGGUGAAUUUAGUGGGUACCUUUAACGUGAUUAGACUAUCGGCUGGACUCAUUGGUAAAAACGCUCCAGAUGCAGAUGGACAACGAGGAGUAAUUGUGAACACUGCUAGUGUGGCUGCUUUUGAUGGACAGAUUGGGCAGGCAGCAUAUUCUGCUUCAAAAGCUGGUGUAGUGGGCAUGACGCUGCCUAUUGCCAGAGAUCUCGCCAAGCAAGGCAUCAGAGUAGUCACCAUAGCACCAGGUUUAUUCAGGACUCCCAUGAUGGCGUCGCUUCCUGAGCCGGCCAUCAAGCAAUUGGAAGCUUCAGUUCCUUUCCCCCCACGGCUGGGUCACCCACACGAGUUUGCCCUGAUGGUUCAGAGCAUCAUUCAAAAUCCAAUGCUGAAUGGAGAAACUAUAAGACUAGACGGGUCCAUUAGGAUGCAGCCGUGACAUGUGAAGGAUGUGAGUGAUAUCAGGCUCAUUAUGUAGACAAAUAUGAGUAGACUGAUAAAUGUAAAUAAACGUAUUAUUGGUAAAAGUAGUUUUAGUAGGUAGAUUGUCCCCUUUUUUCUUCAGAUAAAAAUCAACCGCAUCAGAGUGUGGAGGUAUCCCAGUAAGUUAGCUUUUAAUUUAAAACAAUGAUUGAAAUGUGGCAGUAUAGUAUUUGAUUGUAUUAGUAUUGAUAACUACGUAGACAUAUGGUGUUGGAAGUGUCCAGUUGAGUAGCAUAGGAGCACUGGACCAAUGGACCCUUUGUGUGGAAAUAAUAAAAAAUAGCAUAAGAAUGGAAAAUAUAGAUCAUAGUGUAGUUAAAGUAUCACUACCAUAACCUCUUGAGCGAUUGCGCUGAGCUUUAUAGCCAACAGCAGAUGAAAUUGCGCCUCCUCUAAAUGAGGCUUACUCACUUUACUAAUGUCGAUAAUCGCUGCAGCAUUUUAUAUAUGUUAUUCGCGUGAGAGAAGUUGCGGAUAUAAGCUAGUUGUAAAUAAAGACGCAAUGAUUUAAACGAAAAUAUCAUUUAUUUCUACAAUAACGAGCGGCGACAAGGCUUGCGGGCGCGCCUCGCCGUCGCGGCUUUCGUGCGUCUCACAAUAUUUAUUCAUCACCAUGAAAAUAAAUACACUGACGAUGCACGGCCGACACUUCACACCGCCAUAUACAUGUAUCUAUGUUGCCAUCUAAAAAUAGAUCUUUGUGUACAGUUUAUAACUUAAUGACACCUCUAAACAAUAUCGACAAUAAAAAUAAGUUCAAAGAUUUAGCGACAACAAUAACUAUAAUUUUAUUUUAUAAUGUAAAAAAGUCAAUGUGAGGUAAUGACACGGUACAAAUGUGGCUGUGGUGAACUAUGCUGGUUGCUUUACUCUAACUGAACGCAACGAUUAGUAUUCGUGAUGUUACAUUUAUUGUAAUCAAGAUAAUUUACCGUUGGCAGUUUCUAUUAUCAAAUAUAAGAUUCAAUUGUGAUAACAAAACUUUACAACGAGUGAGACGCGCACAACUUGUACAUUAUUAUUACCAUUAGUGAUGUCAGCGGUGAUGUAGCGUUUAUAUUGCGAUUGCUCUCUUCUCUGGGAUUCAGUUAAAAUAGAAGCAGCCUCACAAAACAAGCCUUCGUGGCUAACUUAUUGGGUGUACUUAAGAUUACAUUAAAAUAAGAUGCCGGUCUGCGGACCGAGGUGCGAGGCUCGAGUUCCCGGCCGGCACUGCUCUCUAACAACGUAACACAUUCAAUACCAGUACAUCUAGGUAUCAGAUAAACUAUUUACUUUAAUUCAUCAACAGCAAAUGCAACAUUGCAUUGGUAUUUGCCAGCCCCAUAUUUCAGAUUCAACAAUAACCAUUUAAGAUUGAAUUAAAACACUGUAUACCUCGCCCUAACUAUAUGUACAAUUAUUAAAAUAUAUCUAACACGGCUCGCGAAAUAAAGUUAGGUGCAACAGAAAUAAUAGAUUAGGUACUUAGUUUUAUAUCUAGUAAUGAACUUUUCAGGGUGUGACCUGUCGAUUCGCUCAAAUUCACAUCCUCACAUAUACUUAUCAGAGAAAACACUAUACACAUACUAAAGUUAAAAAACAUCGACUGAGAUUAAACCUAACUUAUCGAUAAUGAACAACAAAGUGGUUAACUUACAAAUUGUAACGCGUUCGUCGUCGCGUCACUUGGCGUUACUAAUAAAAUUAUUUUGGAAUGUGUGCGACGCGUACGUACCCUCUUCCCAGCAAUCAAUUCCCAAACAUACCGAUACCGUCGAAUGAAAGGUUAUGACGAUGAUGCGGCGGUGGCGGCUUCGGCGAUCACAGUGGGCCACAGACGCCGCCCGCAUCGCUGAAACUUGACCUUGCGCGGGCGAAUCUGAGCGAAAUAACAGUGCCCUCAUUGCGGGCAGCGGGUGUUGCCGGCCUUAAAGCUGACCAUAAACCUGAACUUAACAAUUGACAGCAAGUCAAUUGAUAAAAUGUUUAACAUAGUUAUUGUUCACUUUUAUCAGCUCCAAGAACCGCCACCGCCCGCUUGCCCUCUAUACGCAGUUAUAUUACCUACUUUUUACUUACAAACUAGUUGAACUCAAAAUGUACAUUUACAUAGAACACUCAUUGUGUAUCAUAAUAAUUAAAAAUACUUAUCAUUUAUAUUCAUAAAUAUAGAUUUACUUACACAAACACUAAAAUACAACAUUACGCUGUAUAUUACAACCUAAACUUAGACGUAAAUAGUAGGUUAGAGAUAGAUUUAUAGCAUUAUUUGAAAUCAAUUAAAUAAUUAAAAUGAUAGUGAUUACCGAUUAUAAUUCACAAAUAAUUGAAAUAACGGAAAUGAUAAAGGAAAGCAAUCACGAACUCUGGCACCUUAACAGACCGUUUAUUGUCAAACAAGGAAAAGAUGUUUGUUUCGCGCUUAAACUGACGUUGUACUUGACCCUGUACAAACACUUAACUAAUGGCACACGACUCCAUAAACAUGACUGCUUUACACGGGUUCACUUUACCUGAAUAAAAAUCACUG